CAUUCAACGUCUGCUAUCAGACGACAGGUGACGGGAUGUCGGUCCAUUGAUAGCGUCAAAUUUGAUUUGAAAUUGGUAUUUUCGCAGUCAGUGUCGCGGGAUUGCUAUACUAAAGAAUAUCCGUCUUAAUGGAGUGAAUGUCGUGCGGGGUAGAGUUUUAUUUAUCUGGCAGAGCGUAACAGGUGAUAAGACUGUGCGUAACCUCGGUAUUGAUUAUUCGCCCCACCCUUUGAACUCCACCUUGAAUUUGCAACAGAACUAGGUACAGCUGAUGCCGGGCCUCGACGCCACCCCCGGUUUCGAAAUGGACGAGAAUUUUAAGGAGAGAUUGAUAAGGAAUGUUAAGAAGGAAGUGAAACAGAUUAUGGAGGAAGCUGUAACGAGAAAAUUCGUACACGAAGAGAGCAGCAGCAUUACCUCCCUAUGUGCUGCUGUAGAGGCGUGCCUAUCGCAGGGGCUAAGGAGGCGUGCUUUGGGAUUAUUCAAAACAAGCUCCACUACAGCACUGCUGCACAAAGUGGCUAAAAGCUUCCCACCAGCUAAUCACAUUUCAAGAAUGGUUCAAGACUUAGAAAAUGUGGAACCAUCAAAUAGAAAAUCUUCUAGCAGCGGCGAUAGCACCAGUAAACCACUUCCACCUCCAUUAUUGAAAAAAAAUUCCACUGGUGUUAUUUCUCAAUCACAUCACCAACCACCUAAAUACUUAUGGAUACGGCUAGCACUGCUGGAAAAACAGCUUGCAGGGAUUAUUGCGUAUUUAGUAGAGAAUAGUAGCCGAUACUAUGAAAAGGAUUCACUUGUGGCUGAUCCAGAUUGUGGAUCCAUUCUUAGUUCUCUGUUAGUCGGACCAUGUGCCCUGGAUUACUCCAAGACUAAAACGCAAGAUCAUUUUUGGACGGAUCCCCCUGCUGAUGAACUUGUUCAAAGACAUAGAAUAUCUUCUGGUACUACUAGUUGUCAACCAACUCCGCCUCUUAAUUUUGGAAGGAGCCUACAUACUGGAGGUAGCUCCGAAGACGCCUUGGGUCAGAUGCCCAGAUCUGCCAAAGAUUAUGUUGAGUCUCUACAUCAAAAUAGCAAGGCAACUCUGCUUUAUGGAAAAAACAAUGUCAAUGUCCAUCCACCACAAUCAGAUCCAAUGCCGGGAUAUCUUUCCCUACACCAGAGCGCUCGGGGUUUGGUUAUUAAGUGGACACCGAACCAACUCAUGAAUGGGUUUGUCAGUAAUUGCUCAUCAGAAACUGGUGGUGUCGGAGGUGGCGGUGAUGGCAAAGAUGGAAAAGAAGACAAAUCUCAAUAUUGGCAGUAUGCUCUGAAUUUACGGGUAGAAGACAUUGUAUACGUUCACUGCCAUCAACAAGGUGGUGGUGAAGGUGGCGGCACGGUAGUUCUAGUAGGCCAGGAUGGCGUGCAGAGACCCCCAAUUUGUUUUCCCACAGGUCAAGGACAUUUACUGUCAUUCUUGUCUUGCCUGGAAAACGGACUUCUGCCGAUGGGUCAACUGGAUCCACCACUUUGGUCUCAACGUGGUAAAGGGAAAGUGUUUCCGAGAAGCCGAAGGAGACCAGCACCGAUGCCAGAUCAGAACCAAGAAGCGAUAGAUUAUGUAUUUAGGAUCAUCAGUAAAGCUCGCCCAGAGGAUUUAUUAUCGAGUCAAGAACUGAUGGAUCCAGGCUACAGGCACGGCAUAGCUAAGAAUUGGAGAGUCUUAUCCUCAGCCUCGGCAUCAGCUUCCAGUAGUGACUCUCCCCACACUUCAGAAUCACUCAAUCCCCCUGAUAGCCCUGCUAUUCCACAACCAGAGCAAAAUAGCAACGGUCAUCCAAUUCGUCUUGUUUGCCAGACCAUGAAACGUCAAAUAAUAUCUAGAGCAUUCUAUGGCUGGCUUGCCUAUUGUCGCCAUUUAUCAACGGUACGCACGCACCUCUCUGGAUUAGUCAAUGGAAAGAUUGUAGAAGGUAGCACAGAAGAUAGAGAAGGUCUUACAGUCGAGAGGUGGCAGCUUUUGUCACAAGAUGGAUGUGUGACCGACAGUCAGCAAGUACUGAGGCUCGCCUACUAUGGAGGUGUAGCUGCUGAAUUGAGAAGCGAAGUCUGGCCAUAUCUAUUGGGGCACUAUGUAUGGGGCAGUACAUCCAAUGAAAGACAAGAAUUGGAUGAAGGUACAAGGCAAAGUUAUGAAACCACGAUGUCUGAGUGGCUCGCAGCAGAAGCUGUUGCCACACAACGAGAUAGACCGAGCAGCGAAUCCAGUGAAAGUCACUCUAGUGAAGAACAAGAUGAGGAAAGUGAUUUGGGGGAUUCUAUUGAAGACGGCGAGGAACCUACUUCUCCCGUUUCAUCUCAAGGUGGAAUUUAUUCUAAAGAACUUUUGGACUUGUUUGCACUAAAUUUGCAUAGGAUAGAUAAAGACGUACAGCGCUGUGACCGAAAUUACUGGUACUUUGUUCCACCAGAUAAUUUGGAAAAAUUGCGUAAUAUCAUGUGCACGUACGUGUGGGAAAGAUUAGAUGCAGGAUAUAUGCAAGGUAUGUGUGAUCUUGUUGCGCCUCUUCUGGUGGUUUUUGAUGACGAAGCCAAGACUUAUGCCUGCUUUUGUAAUCUUAUGGAACGAAUGUCUGCCAACUUCCCGCAUGGUGGUGCAAUGGAUGCUCACUUUGCAAACAUGCGGAGCUUGAUACAAAUUCUGGAUGCUGAACUUUUCGAGUUAAUGCAUCAACAUGGAGACUAUACCCAUUUCUAUUUCUGCUACCGCUGGUUUCUUUUGGACUUUAAAAGAGAAUUAAUAUACGAAGAUGUAUUUAUGGUAUGGGAGGUGAUUUGGGCAGCAAGAUAUGUCGCAUCAAAUCACUUUGUACUUUUCUUAGCUUUGGCUCUCGUCCAAACCUAUCGCGAUAUUAUUCUGACAAAUUCUAUGGACUUCACGGAUAUUAUUAAAUUCUUCAAUGAAAUGGCAGAAAGACACGACGCUCGUGCAGUGCUGGCACUGAGUCGAGAGUUGGUUCUACAACUACAAACCCUUAUUGAAAAUAAAUAAAUCUCAAUGGAAUCUCGUAUCGAAGAAUUAUAUAUAUACAUAGCAUAUUUAUUUAGGUAUUUACUACAUGACAUGGUAUGCGUGGAUCGCAUAUCUCUCCAAAGUUGUCGUUAUAUAUUCUGAAUAACAAAUUCCACUAUGAAAGAUAGAUUAUACAACUACAUAUUCUAUGGUUACAUAUUUAUAACUUAAGUCAAAGUACUUAAAAACAUUGCUAAAAAGCGAUAAAUUUUUAUUUACGUAAAUUUUGGUAUUACGUUACCUUGCUACAUUAUGUUUUUUACAUGUGGAAAAAGUUCAGAUAUUAUUAUCCCUAGUUUUGCUUGCUAAGGUAUCAUAUUCAUUUAUUAUACAAUUUUGAUAGAUGUUUUUUUGCCUCUUAAUCGCUGUAUAAAAUACUGAAAGUUAUUGUUUUUAUGCAAUGAUUCAAAAUCAACCAUCAUACCAGGAUGACUUAAAUCUUUCAAGCAGUGUCAUAAUUUUUAGUAAAAGCCAUUGUCACUUUUUCGAACUGUUUAUACAUAUCAAAAAUGUAUAAAUUUGUGGUGGCUGCAUGCGCAAUGUCAUCUCAUAAAAAUGCUUUGGCGUUUUGAUUAUGUUUUCACGCAAGUACUCGUUGAAGUGUUGCUCUGGCAGAUAUAAGAGUACCAACAGUGUUCGUAUCUUGAUAUCCGCAUAGGCCAUAAAAUUUUAAUAAUUCUUCGGAAUCUGCUACAUAUUGGGUAAAUACAUAAAUAUCAAAUAAAUAAAUAAAUGAGCAUCAAGGAACACGUAGUAAAAAGUGACAUAUGCUUUUGUGAAAACCAUAUAAAUGUUAAGUACAAAUAAUUAAACCACUCCAUCUCUGCACCGCUUUUUGGCGUAAAGACUAUUUUAAUUUACAAAAUAAUAUGAAUAAAUAAAUUGUAUUUACUAACAUUCAUUUCAACUCAUUUUAAUGCUAUUUCACCAUUUAAUACUUGACCUUUAAUACAGAAUGGCCAAUAAAUGUAUGUAGUUAACGAAAGCUCUUUGCAGCAACGUACGCAUUAAGAUUGCUUAAUGCGGAUGAAUCUAAACACACGAUCACAUCA